AUGGAGGGAAUUACUGAAGAUGAAGUGAUAGAUGUUGAGAGUGCUUCUGAUGGUUCUGUAAAUGACGAUUCAGAAAACGAGGGAUCUCUGCCUUCUGAAGUCGAUGACGAACUGCAUCUUGAGGAACCUCUAACUGAGGCGGAAAUAGAAGACCUUAUUUCUGAGCUGUUGGAAGUGGAGAGUAAGGCUGCGGAGGCCCAAGAAACUCUUGAAGAAGAAUCUCUUGCUAAAGUGGAGAGUGAAGUUAGACAAGAAUUGAAGCAAACUCUACAGGGGGAUGAUCUGGAAACUGCUGUUGCUGAUGAGAUGGCUACUUUUAAAGACGAGUGGGAAGCUGUUCUGGAUGACCUUGAAACUGAAAGUUCCCACUUACUGGAACAACUUGAUGGGGCUGGAAUUGAGCUCCCAAGCCUUUAUAAGUUGAUUGAAAGAGACGCUCCAAAUGUUUGUCGCACUGAAGCAUGGAAAAAGCGGAAUCAUUGGGUUGGGUCUCAGGCAACUAGUGAAAUUGCUACAUCAGUUUCUGACGCUGAGAAAUAUCUACAAAUAAACAGACCUGUUAGAAGGCGCCAUGGAAAAUUAUUGGAAGAGGGUGCUAGCGGCUUUCUCCAAAAAAAAAUUUCUCCGGAAACCCAGGAACCUGGAAAAAAAGAAACCGAGGGGGACUGGGAUGCAUUCAAUAAAAUAAUUUCUGAUGGGAGUGGUAUUGAUGCUUCAUUUGGAAGUAAGACCUGGGCUUCUGUUUACUUGGCCAGUACUCCACAGCAAGCUGCCUUAAUGGGACUCGAAUUUCCUGGAGUCCAUGAGGUGGAGGAAAUUGAUGACGUUGAUGGCAAUUCUAUGGAUCCAUUUGUUGCAGCAGCCGUUGCAAAUGAAAGAGAAUUAGAACUUUCUGAAGAGCAAACUCGACAUUUUAAAAAGGUCAAUGAAGAGGAUGAUGCAAUUGUUGAUAGGAAGCUUCAAAUACGUUUGAAACAUAGGAGGCAUCAAAAGAAAAGUAAACUGCGAGAAACAAGCACACCUAUCGAGUUGAUGGAGAGCCAUGUACAGAAGCCUUCAUCCGUCAAUCAAUUUAAUCCUGAUAUGAAGGAAGGAUCUCGAGUUGAAGGGGAAGUUGUGUAUGACAAUAACAAGGUUGAACAUUUGAAUAUGGAGGCUGAUAAAAUUAAAGGUUUUGAUGCCAGCUUUCAUCUUGACAAUGAAACGCGUGUGGGAGAGGAUAAUUUGUCAGAUCCUCCCAAAUCUUCAUUGGGUGAUGUUAUUGAACAGAGAGGAACCAAGCGUCCAAAUGAUGGUGAGCUUGAUGCUGAUAACAAGAAGUACCGGACUGAUAUCAUCAUCAGCGACGAUGAUAUACCCGUUUCCAGUUCUGGCAGUAGUGAUUCAGAUAGUUCAGACGAUUCAGAUGAUUCAGAUUCAGAUUCAGAUUCAGAGAUAGCGCCGGUUACAAUAAGUACUAAACGAAGACGCAAAAAAAAGAUUAGGAGGAUACUUGAUGACACUGAAUUAGGAGAAGAGACAAAAAAGAAAAUAGCCAUUGAAAAGGAACGUCAAGAACGCCUGGAAUCUUUGAGAGUACAGUUUUCUGCUUCAUCAUUUGACAAAAGCUCGGCUGGCUGUAAUGGAAGUUCAUCUGAAGGUGCAAGCGUUGAAAUUCUUGGUGAUGCACUGGCAGGUUAUAUAGUCAAUGUUGUGAGAGAAAAAGGUGAAGAAGCGGUUAGAAUACCACCGAGCAUUUCAGCUAAGCUGAAGACCCAUCAGAUUGCUGGAAUAAGAUUCAUGUGGGAAAAUAUAAUACAGUCAAUCAGGAAAGUUAAGUCUGGAGAUAAAGGUCUAGGGUGUAUUCUAGCUCAUACCAUGGGUCUUGGUAAAACAUUUCAGGUCAUAGCUUUCUUGUAUACGGCAAUGAGAGGUGUUGAUUUGGGUUUAAGAACUGCACUUAUAGUCACACCUGUCAAUGUGCUACAUAAUUGGCGGAUGGAGUUCAUCAAAUGGGCACCAUCAGAAUUAAAGCGACUCAAGGUCUUCAUGCUGGAAGAUGUAUCAAGAGAUAGGAGGGCACAAUUGCUUGCAAAAUGGAGAGCAAAAGGUGGUGUAUUCUUAAUUGGCUAUACCGCUUUCCGGAAUUUGUCUUUUGGAAAGAACGCGAAAGACCGGGAGACAGCCAGAGAAAUUUGCCAUGCUUUGCAGGACGGCCCGGACAUUCUUGUGUGUGACGAAGCCCAUAUCAUAAAAAAUACUAAGGCUGAAGUUACUCAUGCCUUAAAACAAGUGAAGUGCCAGAGAAGAAUUGCGCUUACAGGAUCACCUCUUCAAAAUAAUCUCAUGGAAUAUUAUUGUAUGGUUGAUUUUGUACGAGAAGGUUUUCUUGGAAGCAGCCAUGAAUUUAGAAAUCGCUUCCAAAAUCCUAUAGAGAAUGGUCAACACACUAAUUCCACUCUGACUGAUGUAAAAAUUAUGAACCAAAGGUCUCACAUCCUCUAUGAAGAAUUAAAAGGCUUUGUCCAAAGAAUGGACAUGAAUGUUGUGAAGAAAGACCUACCGCCCAAAACUGUUUUCGUGUUAACAGUCAAGCUUUCUCCCUUACAAAGAAAAUUGUACAAGAGAUUCCUUGAUGUGCACGGGUUCACUGAUGUUAGGGAAAAUCAUGAAAAGUUAAGAAAGAGGAGUUUUUUUGCUGGGUACCAGGCAUUGGCUCGGAUAUGGAACCACCCUGGGAUCUUGCAAUUGACAAAAGAAGACAAGGACUGUGUAAGACCUGAAGAUGCUGUCGAGAAUUUCCUUGUUGAUGAUAUCUCAAGUGAUGAAAAUUCCGAUUCUAAUGUACUUGCUGGAGAGAAAUUGAAGCAAACAAAUGAUUUGCUGCAAAAGAAGGAUGGUGAUGGCUUCUUCAUAAAGGGCUGGUGGAAAGAUAUUCUUCAUGGAAAAAUUUAUAAAGAGCUUGAUCAAAGUGGCAAAAUGGUUUUGCUAAUUGAUAUACUUACGAUGAGUUCUGAUGUGGGUGAUAAGGUGCUGGUUUUUAGUCAGAGCAUACCAACCCUAGACCUCAUAGAACUUUAUCUCUCAAGACUACCACGACGUGGCAAACGAGGGAAGUUGUGGAAGAAGGGAAAAGAUUGGUAUAGGCUGGAUGGAAGAACAGAGAGCUCAGAAAGACAGAAGCUUGUUGAGAGAUUUAACGAGCCUUUGAAUAAAAGGGUAAAAUGCACACUAAUUUCAACCAGAGCAGGCUCUUUGGGUAUUAAUCUUCAUGCAGCUAACCGCGUUGUUAUAGUUGAUGGUUCUUGGAAUCCAACAUAUGAUCUUCAGGCUAUAUAUCGAGCUUGGAGGUAUGGGCAGAAAAAGCCCGUGUUUGCUUAUCGGUUGCUGGCUCAUGGAACUAUGGAAGAGAAAAUAUACAAGCGACAGGUUACAAAAGAGGGGCUUGCUGCUAGAGUGGUAGAUCGACAACAGGUGCAUAGGACCAUGUCUAAAGAAGAAAUGCUGCAUCUCUUUGAGUUUGGUGACGAUGAGAAUCCUGAGACUUUGGCUGAACUAAGUAAAUAUGACGGGCUUACUUGUGAACAACAUAAUCCGAUUUUGGCUGGGGAUUCUCUAAAACAUACUGUACCACAUUCAAAUGGAAACGGCUAUUCUGACAAGUUAAUGGAAAGCUUAUUGGGCAAGCAUCAUCCCCGGUGGAUUGCCAAUUAUCAUUUACACGAAUCCCUGUUACAAGAAAACGAAGAGGAAAAACUGUCGAAAGAAGAGCAAGAUAUGGCUUGGGAGGUGUAUCGCAAAUCGCUGGAGUGGGAAGAAGUUCAGAGAGUACCACUUGGUGAGUCUGUGCCUGAUCAAAAGGAAGAAGUGCCAAAGGAAGAAGAACACAAUGAACCAGAAGAUUUCCUCAUUUCAACUAAGCUUAGGAAUCGUUUCACAACACGGCAAUGCACCAAUCUUGCACACUUGCUGACACUUAGAAGUCAGGGAAUAAGAUUUGGGAGCAGCACAGUCUGCGGCGAAUGUGCCAAGGAGAUAAGGUGGGAUAACUUAAAGAAGAAAUAG